AUGCAUCUCUCAAUCCCAGAUAUAUUCGUUCAAGUGCUGGCAUUGGCCUCGAUUGUCCUUGCCGACUCAGUCUUCCUUCUCGCCGGAGACUCGACCACCCAUGAACCAGGCGGAUGGGGUGAUGGAUUUCUAAACUACACGCUCGAGCCAGCGGCAUUCGGCUUCAACUACGGCGCAAGCGGUGCCAUCUCGACCACAUACCUGCAGGGCUCCAACUUCAGCCAGAUCCUCCGCCAGAUCGCAGAGUACAAAUCCACUGCAUCGGUGUUUGUGACCUUCCAGUUUGGCCACAACGACCAGAAGGUCCCGGAGUACAAGGCCGCAUUCAACGGAACGGUGUACAAGUUCGUCGAUGAAAUCACGACAGCGGGGGCGACGCCUAUACUGAUCACGCCGCUCACUCGACGCGCCUUUUCUGGAGGCAAGGUCAUUGAGAACCUCGCUGACGAAGCCAACGUCGUUCGUGCCGCGGCAGCAGCCCUGGGCGACAGGACGCGGAUGAUUGAUCUGAAUUUGGCCUCGACCACUUAUGUUAAUGCCAUUGGAAAUGAGGCCGCCCAAGUAUACAACAUGGCCGCCAGCGAUAAGACGCAUCUGAAUCCGUGGGGGACGAUUGUCUUUGGACGGCUGGUGAGCGAUCUGCUGGUGGCCAAGUACCCCGAUCUCGCUUCGAUUACGCGCCCUAAUGCGACGUUGUCCUUUCAGCUGGCGAAUGGAAUCCCAGCUUGA